AUGACUAAGUUAAGUGAGAUUAUAAAGAAAUUUCUUAGAGAUCUUGAUCAAUUUGGUGUUGUAUUUAAACCUAGUAUAACAUCAGAUAGUGAAUAUAAAACAGUUUUAGGUGGAAUAUUAUCUAUAUUACUUUAUGGAAUAAGUUUAGGAUAUUUCAUUUAUUAAUUUGUUAUUUGGAAGGAAGGUGGUAUGUUACCAAAAAUAACAAUAUCAAGUGAAGUAAUAGAAAAUUAAUAAAUUUAAUUUGAUGAACCUCUAUUUUCAAUUAGAAUGAGAAAAAUGAAUGAUACAAAUAUAGAUCCAUUUAAUCCUUAGAAUAUAAUUAUGCUUCCAUUAAUAUUUUAAUAUGUUAAUGGUUAAUUAAUUACUCCUCCUAGUAUUCCAAUAAUAAAUAAUACAACUGAUGAUGAAUUUGUAACAAUAUAUUUUGAUAACAUUACACUAGCUAUAAGUAAAGAUAGAACAAUUGAAUCACCAGAAUUGGAGUACAUGAUUAUAUUGAUUGAUUGUGUUCCUCAACUUUUAAUAAAUAAUACAUAAUUAAAAUGUGCUAAUACAACAACUAGAAAAAGCUUUUUCAAUUAAUCAGUUAAUACACUUUUAUUCACUACUUAUAUAAAAUAAUUUAAUGCUCAAUAAGAAAAGAUUAAUACAUUUGGAUCUGAAGUAAUUGUGGCUUUGGAUCCAAGUUCUGUAUAUUUUUCAACAAGUACUUUAAAAAUGUAAGAAACUAUAAUAGAUAAUGGAUUGUUAUUUGAAAAUACUUAUUAAAGAGAUUUUAUUUUAGAUAUCUCUACAAUUGGUUAAUAAGUGAAUAGUAAGUUUUUCUCUGGUGUUAUUAAUUCUACUACUUAUUUUAUCAAUAAUUAUUAAUUGAAUGGAAUCAAAUCUAUUUAAUAUAUACAAUAUCCAAAAGUAAAUGAAGUAUUAGCUGAUACAGGAUCAAUAGUUUCUAUUCUAUUAUUGACUUCAGCAUUUGUAAUAAUGACUAAUUAAUACUUUUUAGAAAAUGAAGCUAUUUCAUAAGUGAUUUAAAUGUUUUAUCCAAAUCUUAAAUAUUUAAAAUAUCGAAAGAAUUGGUAUGGUAAGAUUAUUAGAAUUGAAUUAUUGGGUCGAAAUUUAAAUAUUGAUAAAUUUAAUUAACACUAUGGGAAAUUAAAAGCAGUAGCAUAAAUGAAAUUAACAAUAACUAAUUAAAUCUAUGAAAUCUCAAGAAUCUAAUUUAUUUUAUAAUCUAUAAUAAGUAGAUCCAAUUUUAUAUCUUGUCAUUAGAUUGGAAUCAAAGAAAACAAUUUUAUUGAAAAUACUAAAGAAGAUAAUGAUAUUGAUAAUUAAGAUGUAGAUAUGUUUAAGGAUUCUAGAGUAGUAAGUUAAUAUAAUAUAAUUUAGGCACCAUCAAAUGAUAGUAAAGUUGAAAUUACUUAAUAAUAACAUCAAUAGAUAUAAUAAACUAUAUUAUAGGAUCAUUCUCAUAAUACUAUAUUACCUAGUGAUAAUCAUAAACCUGAGACAUUUUAAUAAUUCAAAUCAGAUAUUUAUAGUUCAUAGGAACUCAUUGAUUAAGAUUUUGAAUUACUAAUUUGUAAGAAAGAUAAAACUGAUGUAUAAUUGAUACCAUAAUUCUUUGAAAUCAAUAAAAUUACAUGA